GGCUGCAAUGAAACAAAGUGAAAAAUUUAAAGGGGUCUGAAUACUUUCCAUACCCACUGUAAGUGCUUCGAAAAUGUAUUCUGUACAUUUGUUUUUGAAAAGAUUUACACGAAACUAAGUCUGUCAAUCAUUUAGAGGCAGAAAGACACAGAUUUUCUCAUGUGCUCAGUUGAUGAUACUAAAUACAGCUCCUCCUAAAAUAAGAUGGUAUUCACUGUCAGGAGUACAAUACAGAAUUUCAAAAUAAAACGUUUCAUAACCAUCAGAUUACAUUUUUAGUUUCCACUGUUUAUAAUAAACUUAAAAUAUGUCCCACACAGAUAAGCAAUGCAUUUGCUAAUUUUAAAGCCAGAAAGGGAAGGAAGCAUGACAGCAAAGUUUCCGCCUCAGCAAACACUGCAGGGGGAAAAGGGCCUGUCUUGGAAAAAGCUUAGUGUUUGUCCGUCUGCGGGAGUCCGAGUGGAAUCGAGCACCAGCUUAUGGUGGAAUAAUGGCACAAAAUGAAACACUUCCCAUUUUGGAAAUACUGCAAUCGUUUAAUCUUGGUAAGUGUGUCUAUGGUUGUUUCUUCUAAAGAUCUGGGGGCUUUUGUGUGCAAAAAACGUAGUCUAAACUAUGCAAGUGUUGCAUUGUGAAAUGAAGAUGUGAUAGUUCCUUAUUUAAAAUACCAGAAUUUUAAUAUUAGAUUAUUAGAGGAAAUCUAAUCUAUUAUAUAGGUGUUAUAGAUGUGUCUCCUUGCUGUUGCCAUGUCAGAAUAGUUAGUAUAUACCAUUUAUUUAGAAUAAAUUUCCAGAAAACAACUUUAUUCUUCUAAAUCACAGUUUACUUGUAUAUUUAUUAUGUUAAAUUGAGGACACUUGAGAUCCAUCAUACUGCACUGUUGCAUUUCUCCCUCAGUUUGUUAUGGUCCUGGUCCAGCCCCUGCCCUUUUUUCCCCUUCUUCCUCUUUUUCCUCCUUUCUCUCUUGUGUCCUGAUCUCUUUCUGUUUUUACCUGUCUCUCUUUGUCUCCCUCUGUCUGUCACCUCUUCCUCAUGUCUCUCUCCCUGUCUCUCGCCCUCCUGCCCUCCCUGUUUCACCUGCCUGCAUUCUGCUACCUGUUGAUUACUAUGAGUUUCAGCUGCAGUAAUCAGUUCACUCCAUUCACCUGUUCUCCACCUCACCUGCCCUUAUUUAAGCUCUGUCCUGUCAUUCACUCCCUGCCGGAUCAUUUAUCCACAUGCCUUCAUGGGCUCUGUUUUCGGACUCUGUUUUCCCUUCCACUGGAUUUCCCUCACAUGGACUCAGUUCUUCUUUUGGAUUCUCGCUAGCCCUGCUUUUGUCUCCAGCCAGUAGCUCCAGUCUCAUCUCUGUUCACCCCAGAUUUCCUGAGCCUGCUUCCCUGCCCCUUCUGUUGUCGGUUCCCCCCAUCUUGUAAGUACCCCUCCUUAGUGUAGUUUUAGUUUAGUGAUCUUCCGUUUUUGACUUCAUAGUGUUUGUUAGUAAUGGUUUGGUUUAGUUUUGUUUCCUCCCAGUUCAGUUCUCUAUUUAUGUGUUGUUUUAGUUUUCUGGUGUAAUAAAAGCCUUUCCUUAAUUCACAUUUCUGCCAGUCUCUCUGUCUGCGCCUGGGUUCCCCAGCUCCCCCCGUAACACAGUUUCUUUAGUUUUAUCAACUUAAGCUUGCUUUUUUUGACUUUCUAAAGUAUUUAGUCAUUUUCCAGACACAGUUUUGAGAAAAUUGCCGAAUGAGAUGUGACUAAAGACGUGAUUAGGCACAAAUAGAUUUCUGUUGCCAAAUUGACCCAUCAAUAUUAUUCAGGUAUCUUGAAUGUGCUUCCUUACUGUCGCCAGGGUCAGAACAGUUAGUAUACACCAUUUGUUCAGAGCAGAUUUCCAGAAUUCAACCUCAUUUUUCACAAUUGCAGCUUAAAAAUCAUUAUAUUUGUAUAUUUAUGAAGUUAAAUUUAAUACUACUCAGACAUCUCUAACUGCUCUGUUGCAUUUCUCCCUCAGUUUCUUAUGUUUCAUCCCCUUAAACUUGCCUUGUUUAUACCUUCUAUUAUAUUUUAGCUUGUAAAAUUCCAUUUACAUACAGUAUAACUUUCUCAUAUGUCUUUUAAUGUGGCUCUUUGUUCUGCUACAGUAUACAAUAAACUUCCUAUGAUCAACUUUUCCUGAGAAGACGGGAACCUUUUGCAAUCAGCGUCCAUUUACAUCAUGUCAAGAUGAGCAGAGUUAUCUUUCAUGGGUCACUUCAUGCGAUAUGAUUCUGGCCUUUUGUCUGUCAGUGCUGGUGGGCCUGGUGCUGGGCGCUUUGAUCUACGUUCUGCUGACCUGGGCGUCGAGGCGCCAGGUCAUGGCCAGGAUCACCAGGCGCUCCAAAAAGAAAUCUGGCACUUCACAAGCAUGUGACCCCAUAGGCAGCCAGCUGGGCCUCUACAGAAGCACUUUCCUAAGCGUCUACAGACAACCUUCCCUCGAGCCGGUGGGGCCUCAGGGGAGCAAACCAGAAGCAGAGACCUCCACCUUUCGGCCUCUGGCCAAGAAGAGCAGGCCCAGUCUGGACAUGGGAGAAGACACCCAGGUGACCGAGGACACGGCAGCUUCGUCUGAUUCAACCUCCCUGGUGCCAAACAAGAGACAUUCAUUCUGGCUGGGCAACAACGGACUGAAAGGAUUCCUGCCCUCUCAGACGCCCCCUCCGGCAUACGACCGUGUCAUCCACGCCUUUGAGGAGACGUGCACUUGAAAGUGUCACCAAGAACUGAGACUGAGGAGAAAAUUCAGGCUUUAAAGUGGACUUCUUGGCUUUGUGCUGGCCUUUAAAGGGGCGGCUAUCUCAGCUUGCUUGAGAGAUCAAAGCAUUUGAAGCAGUGUGUCCUUAACUGAAAGGAAUGCUUCCACAGAAAUGAAGCAUCAUCUGAGCUUUAUAUUAAGAUCGCAGUUUCCAUAUUUGAUGCACUUGCUCAUUAUUUUCUUGACUAAGUGCCGAGUUGUUUUCUUGAUGCAAAAUGUCACAAAAAAAUCAGUUUUUGAGAGGUCAUAGCAGUUUUUGUGUUUCCCCCCCACAAAAACCCCAAAUAUUUCAUCAGAUUCAAUUUAAUUGGCCAAAUAUGUGACUUAAAAACAAAACACACAAAUAGUUUUAUGUGUUAAAGAUACAGAAGGAAAAUGAGAGUAUACCUACUAUGUGCAACUAUAGAAAUGUGCCACAAAAAAGCAUAUUUAAAAUGAAGAGAGUGGGAGUUUAGUGUAUGAUAUAGUUAUCAACAAUAAAUGCAGAGUUAUUGUUGCCUUUUAUACAUGAGAUAGGUGGGUGCAAUGGGAGAGCAUUGAUGCAGGGAUGAAAUGUAAACAUGAUUGUGGUAUAUACAGUGUGUACAGUGAUUCAGGGUUGAAUAAUUUGUUCCUGACUGGUUGUAAUGUUCAUCAGAGCGACGAUGGCCUGUGGGGGGAAAAAGCAUUUACAGUCAUGAAGAAUUAGCUAUAAGUAGCAAAUUGUGGAAGAUUAGAAGAAGCAAAUGUUUUGCUGUUGCUUAAAACACUCACUUCUUAAUUUUGAGUUGAUUAACUAAUUGAAUAUUUGUCUAACUGGGACAGUUCUUAUAUAUGAUUGCCGUCUGUGACCAUAGCAGCCACACAGGUAGGUUUCAUUUUAAUGUUUUCUGUGCCACCUCUUGCGGGAAAUGUUUUCAUUGACAGCACAAAAUUCAGGCCCUAUGCAGGUGACAGGUAAAAAUUUAUUUGAAUAUAAUGUAGUGUUGCUCUCAGGUGUUCUGCACUGCAAUAAAAUCCACAUUCUCAUACAUCCCCAAUAAAGUCUGCAGCUAUGGUUGCAGAACAUCUCAUACUCCAAGAUCUACAUUCCCAAAACAGAGACAGUGCUGGUGAAGACAGUGUGUUCAGAUGAGGGAACACUGUGCACUGGAUAGUUGCAUAAACACAAUAAAGAAUAUGCUGAUUUGUGUGAGAAUGCUUGUGAUUUCUGCAAAAAAUUAAACACCUAAUGGAAAUUGCAGUUUAUGCAUUCAAAAAUGUGGGAAUCUGCUGCGGUCCUGUUAUCUGCUUAUAUGUGAAAUGAAGGAGAAAUCUAAAAAAAAAAAAAUCAGCUGAUUAAUAACACUGGACAUUGUAUAUAGCAGGCAGGUGGACCACUGGGUUACCUGCACAUUCAUCACAUCACGGUCUUGUGUCAGAAAUGUCACUUGGAGUUACAUUAGAAAGCUGGGGUGCGCCUUGUGGGGUUGCCAUUGUGACAGAAACCCCCUUUUUAGGUGCAGCGAUGAAUCUAGUUUCCACUAAAUCAGCCAUGUGAACCACAAUUUGAGUGAAAAUGCGCGCAAAUGGGAUUAAACUUCACAUUUUUACCAUCA